ACAGCGUAGGGCGAGAGUAGGGCAGGCGGAAUAAACUCAGCUCAACUGUCAUACAUCUUUCUCCUCUGUGCCGUGUCUGGAAAGUGCAGUGCUGGUUGGAUUGUGGGCGGUUUCAAGGACGAGAGCCGGUUUACAGUACGGAAAAGUGGGCAAUUUCAUCAGCAAUGGCGCAAAAAAGACAUUUUCUACAGUUUUGUUGUUGAUGCGUGGUUUGAAGAGAGGCGAUGGAUGUCCGCAUGGUUCUGGGGGGUCCAGAUAACAUUCUCCUGGCCAAUAAUCCUGACACAGGAAGUGGUUGUUUGAAGCAUCCCUGUGAGGACCAGGACAGAAGCUCCAACCCGUCUGUCCUUCGUUCUGUGACCACUACAGGGAAGGAGGGUCUGCUGAACAGGAAGAGACCAUUUGUUGGAAGAUGCUGUCACUCAUGCACACCCCUGAGUCAGGAGAGGCUGUUCAACCCCAGCAUCCCUUCACUAGGGCUCCGUAAUGUGAUUUACAUCAAUGAAACGCACACAAGACACAGAGGUUGGCUUGCACGGAGGCUGAGUUAUGUGCUGUUUGUCUUGGAGAGAGAUGUCCGGAAGGACAUGUUUGCUCGCAAUGUGGUGGAGAACGUGCUCAACAGCAGCAGGCUGGAAAGUGCUAUCGUGGCGGUAGCAUCCGAAGGUGCUAGCACAGAUGCAGAGUCUGGAGUGGAUUCCAAAGCUGUCAGUAAAGUUAGACGGAAGGCCAGAGGAUUCCUGCAGGAAAUGGUUGCCAACAUCUCACCUGCCUUCAUCAGAAUAACAGGAUGGGUGUUGUUGAAAUUGUUUAAUGGAUUCUUCUGGAGUAUUCAGAUCCAUAAAGGUCAGCUGGAGAUGGUAAAGAAAGCAGCAUCUGAGUACAAUGUUCCCCUGGUCUUCCUUCCUGUUCACAAGUCCCACAUAGACUACCUGCUCAUCACCUUCAUCCUGUUUUGUCACAACAUCAAAGCCCCUCACAUCGCAGCUGGCAACAACCUCAACAUCCCUAUCUUAAGCACACUAAUACGGAAACUCGGAGGAUUUUUCAUUCGUCGUAAACUGGAUGAGACUUCAGACGGAAAGAAGGAUGUGUUAUACAGAUCACUGUUACAUGCAUACACAGAAGAAUUGUUGCGGCAGCAGCAGUUUCUGGAGGUGUAUUUAGAGGGCACGCGCUCUCGCAGCGGGAAGCCCUCUCCAGCACAUGCGGGCAUGCUCUCAAUCGUGGUUGACACACUCUGUGCCAACAGCAUCCCCGAUGUUCUGAUCGUGCCUGUAGGCAUCUCAUAUGACCGCAUCAUAGAAGGAAACUACAACAGCGAGCAGCUGGGCAAACCUAAAAAGAAUGAGAGUCUGUGGGGAAUUGCCUGUGGCGUGUUCAGGAUGCUCCGGAAGAAUUACGGCUGUGUGCGUGUGGAUUUCACGCAGCCCUUCUCCCUUAAGGAGUACCUGGACACACAGCGUAGUCGCCAUCUCCAGGCCUCUCUCACGCUGGAGCAGAUCCUUCUCCCCACCAUCAUCGCUGCACAACCUGAUCAGGCUGUUUUUAAUGGAGAAGAUGAGGAUCAUCUGAAUUCUAGAGACCUGUCAGAUGAGCCCUGGAGGAGGCAGGUCAUCGCUAACCUGGCCAAGCACGUUCUCUUCAACGCCAGCAAGUCAUCAGCAAUCAUGUCCUCUCACAUCGUGGCCUGUCUCCUCCUGUAUCGGCACAGACAGGGUGUACUGCUGUCUAAACUGGUGGAGGAUUUCUUCAAUAUGAAGGAAGAGAUCUUGUCACGGGACUUUGACCUGGGUUUUUCUGGGAAUUCGGAGGAUGUGGUCAUGCAUGCGCUUAGCCUUCUGGGAAACUGUGUGAACGUCACCAGCACCAACAGAAACACAGAGUUCAUCAUCGCUCCUAGCAACACUGUACCUGCACUCUUUGAGCUCAAUUUCUACAGCAAUGGCCUUUUCCACGUCUUCAUUGCAGAUGCGAUUAUAGCUUGCAGCGCACUGGCCCUGCUGAGAGAGCAAUCUGCAACUUCAGUGAGUGAGCAGAAUUCUUCAUCUAUGCUGCUCAGCCAAGAGAGACUGAUCCGCAGAGCUGCAGGCCUCUCCCACUUUCUGUCCAAUGAGGUGGCAGUAGCGGUGCCUUGUCAGACUUUGUACCAGGUCUUCCAUGAUGCUGUCACCAGGUUAAUCGAGUAUGGUGUGCUCAUUGUAGCCGAGGAGGACCAGGAGGAGUUGAGCCCUUCUGAGGAGCCUUGGCCCAAGAAGUUUCCAGGGGCUCUUGCUUGGCGAAGUGAUGAAGAAGAUGAAGACAGUGACUUUGGAGAUGAACAGCGAGACCGUUACCUGAAGGUGCUCAAAGAGAGGCGAGAGGGUGGUGUGUGCCGUCUGGAGCUGAGCAGCACUUUCUUACCUCAGGCUAACAGAAACAAACUCCUGCAGUACAUUCUGGGUUUCAGUCUGCUGUGA